UCAUUAAACAAACUAAUUUCUACCUAAAGAUGUGGCGCCAAUAUUGAAAUUUCAAGUUCUGGCGCCACUUAAUGCUAUAAAUAGUCGUGCUGCGUUGAAUACUCCUCAGAAUGCCAACUCCACAUUGGAGGUUGCAACUCCAUCUUUACACCAACUUUUUAUAAUUCCAAUUCCACGUUGAAGGCUGCAGUUAUUCCGUCUCUACAUCAACUAGUUCGUCUUUGAUAUAAUGGCUAGAACAGAGUACUCCUCAAAAUUUAAGAAUCAAGUGGUUCAGUUCAUCAUCGAAAGGUGUGUGAACGGCGUACCACUCAUGGCACAUUGAAGGAAGAAGCUCAGGCGAAGUUCAAAACCUGUCGUCGAACCACCACGAGGUACUGAAACACUACAAAGAAACAACAAGCAAAGAGUGAAGUCAUUCAAUUGACCUUGGCUCAGGUUUUACCACGAUUAUUGGUCAAGUAUCGUGUCCAAUAAUUAACAGAGGAGAGAGCCAACUACCUCUCAUCUCAUCUGCGACAAACUAACUAAACCAUCCCAGCAUUUCUGGAGCUAGAGGCCACUGAUUUCAAUAAUCUAUGGCCAUUUCUUGGUUACGUUUGCUGUAGCUGUGCUGUCGUUUCUUCCAAGAACUUCUCUUUCCAUCCCGUUUGUCGUUUUUCAUGGAAUAUCGGACAAAUGUAAUAACAAAGGGAUUUCACAGUUCAUCUCUCUUCUCAGCGAUUGGUCUGGUGCACAGGGACAUUGCAUUGAAAUAGGAAAUGGUGCACUGGAUUCAUGGACUAUGCCUUUCUUUGAACAGACAGCCUUAGCCUGUGAGAAGGUCAAGAGCAUGAGUGAGCUCAGUGGAGGAUACAACAUUAUCGGGCUCCCACAGGGUAAUUUGGUUGGGAGAGGCGUCAUUGAGCUCUGUGACAGAGGACCCCCUGUCAGAAAUUUUGUAUCUCUGGCAGGUCCACAUGCUGGAAUAGCUGCCAUUCCGCUCUGUAAAUCAGCUUGGUUUUGCAUUCUAGUGGACUUUUUGAUCGAGUUGGCAGUUUACAGCAACUACGUUCAGGAACAUCUAGCGCCUACUAACUACAUCAAAAUUCCAACAGAUUUAGAUUCCUAUAAAAACGGAUGCAAAUUUCUCCCCGUGCUAAACAACGAGUUUCACAAGAAUUCCACAUACAAGAAGCGGUUUUCUAGCUUGGAGAACUUGGUGCUAAUCAAGUUUGAGAACGACGUUGUUUUAGUGCCGAAAGAGACCUCUUGGUUUGGGUAUUUCCCUGAUGGCUCCUGGGACCCCAUUUUGCCAGCACAAGAGACUACCCUGUACACCGAAGAUUGGAUUGGCUUGAAGACCUUGGAUGAGGCCGGGAGAGUGAAGUUUGUCAACGUGUCGGGGUCCCAUCUAGAAAUUUCCUACGGUGAAAUGAAGGACUACAUAUUCCCAUACUUGCUCGAAAACAGCACUGCACAACCAAGACUAUCUAAAUCAUCCCAUGUCUCGGCCUGGUCUUCUCAUGAAGGAAAGAAGCUCAAGCUGUAUGAUUCUGAUUGAAUAGACUAAAUUUUGUAGACCUAUUUCAGAUCAGUCGAGAUCUUCUGUACCACGACGAUACUGUGAUUUUAGUUGUACUAACAUGAAGUAGAUAAUGUAUACAUUCUCAGUCCUAAAUAAAGAUCUGCCUUGAGUUCA